AUGCUAAAGCAGGGGCUUGGUUGCUGCAAAGUGUACGUAUCUGAGAGCCGAAACAAGGCAGCAUUGGAGUUGAUUGAAAGAGCAGCAAAGUUGUUCCCCGAAGCACAAAUCAUCAACAAGUUUGAAGAUGUGACCUACAACAGAGUUGGAUACACACUUGUUGCAAGUUUGGAUCCAAACCUGUCACCUGCAGAUAAUAGUCCAUUGAAGAGUUCAGUGUUCGCCAUGGUUAAGGCUGCGUUUGAAGCAAUUGACCUCGAGCAUCAUGCUGGGUCUCACCCUAGACUUGGUGUUGUGGACCAUAUCUGUUUCCAUCCACUUGCUCAGGCAUCUCUGGAACAGGCAGCCUGGGUUGCUAAGUCCUUGGCAGCCGAUGUUGGUUCUCAACUCAAAGUGCCGACUUUUCUGUAUGGUGCUGCCAGUAAUGAAAGGAGGAAGCUAGAUUCAAUCAGGAGGGAAUUAGGCUACUUUAAGCCGAAUUCUGGAAACCAGUGGGUUGGAGGUCCAGAAUCCGAAACCCUGCCUCUGAAACCAGACGAAGGACCCUGUGAAGUGAAUCAAGCAAAAGGUGUCCUUGUCGUCGGAGCAACCAAGUGGGUUGAUAACUACAAUGUCCCCGUCUUCUCCACCAACAUGGCUGCCAUUCGAAGAAUCGCGAAAAGGGUAAGCACGAGAGGUGGUGGGCUGGCUUCUGUGCAGGCAAUGGCACUUGCUCACGAGGACAAUGUGAUUGAGGUUGCUUGUAACUUGUUGGAGCCGAGUAAUGUUGGAGGAGACAGAGUUCAGCAAGAAGUCGAGCAGCUUGGUGUGGAAGAAGGAGUUGGUGUAGGGAAAGGUUAUUACACUGAUUUCUCGCAGGAGAAGAUAGUUGAGAGUUACUUGAAGCUUGCUGCUAAAAGCAUAAAAACAGAGGAAGCAGAGCUCAGAGGCGAGAAGAAGAUCAAGAACAAGAAGGAACAGCUAGAAAUGGAGCUUAGCCCAAGAUCCAAGAUCAACAAAAAGGGGGCGGGGAAUCACUCGGCGCUGCUCUGCUGCAAGCUCUUCAUCUCAGAGUCGCGAAACUCGGCGAUCCUGGACGCCAUCGAAACGGCGGCGAGGCGGGACCCAGAAACGGUGAUCGUCAACAAGUUCCCUGAUCGUGCUUACAACAGAAUUCGAUACACUCUGGUCUCCUACGUCGUGGCGCUCGACAGCACCGGAACCGCCAUUUACAGCCCCCUGCGGCAGACGGUGGUGGCGAUGGCGGAGGCCGCCUACGCGGCGAUAAACCUCGAGCAGCAUUCCGGUACCCACCCUCGGCUUGGCGUGGUGGACGAGAUCGUUUUCCAUCCCUUGGGUCGAGCCUCGCUCGACGAAGCCGCUUGCCUUUCCAAGGGUCUCGCCGCCGACAUCGCCGCCCGAUUUCAGGUGCCUGUGUUUCUGUUUGGUGCUGCACAUCCAACGGGGAAGGCCUUGGAUACCAUAAGGAGGGAGCUGGGCUACUACAGGCCCAAUUUCACAGGCAGCCAAUGGGCCGGCUGGACGAUGCCCGAAACUCUAUCGGAGAAUCCCGACGAAGGCCCGGCCCACGUGUCUCGAACCCGAGGCAUCGCGAUGAUCGGAGCCAGGCAGUGGGUCGGGCUGUACAACGUUCCGAUCGUGAGCACCGACGUGUCUGCUGCUCGGAAGAUCGCCCGGAUGGUGAGCGCUCGUGGCGGCGGGCUGCCUACGGUGCAGACGUUGGGCCUGGUUCACGGCGAGGAUUCGACCGAGAUCGCCUGCAUGCUGCUGGAGCCCAACCAGAUCGGAGCGGACCAGGUUCAGAACCGGGUUGAAAUGCUUGCGGCCGAGCAAGGGUUUGAUGUGGAGAAGGGCUACUUCACUGAUUUUUCACCUGAGAUGAUUGUUGAGAAGUACACCAAUUUGAUUUCUGGGAACAGGGAUUGAUCCGACUGGUUAGGCUUUGACGUCUCAAAUGUCAUAAUAUAUCUUCAAACCACAAAAUGUGAAGGCUGUAAUUUUGUAAAUGAAAAGUGGAAACCAAAAUCACUCCGUCAGCAUUUCUCAUUUCCCAGAUGUAGAGUUUGCAUUGACAGAGAGGUCGAUCAGGGGAAAAUUUGAACACUCUGCCUCUUAACAUCAGCCACCGUAUAACCUAUUAUCAAUAUAUCAUCAAUGUACAUUUCGCGGAGUUUGAGCUAAAAAUGCUUUAACCCUUUCACGAACA